AUUUCUAAUUCUAUGAAUCAGCUCAUAGAUAAACUAGUUAGAUUAGUUUGUCUAUGGGCCAGUUGAUUGAUUAUUCGAUUAUUGUUUUGUUACUUUUGUUAACAAUGUACAAUAGUACAGAACAGUGAAUACAAGUAUACUUAUUUUAGUAUUCACACGUAUUAAAAUUAUGGCACAUACAGCAUCUAAUGUUCCAUUGUCACUAAUUCUUAAAUCAAAGUCAGAAUUAGAUGAUGAACCAAAGAAAAAAUCAAGGGAAGAUUGGAGAAAAGCCAAGGAAUUAGAAGAAGCUAGAAAAGCUGGUACAGCCCCAGCAGCUGUUGAUGAGGAGGGUAAAGAUAUUAACCCUCAUAUUCCUCAAUAUAUUUCAUCUGCACCUUGGUAUUAUGGAACUAAUGGACCAACUUUAAAACAUCAAAGACCCCAAGAAGAGAAGCAGAAAUCAUAUUCAGAAAUAGAUGAAUGGUAUAAGAGGGGAGUCGAUACCUCUAAAGUAGUUACAAAGUUCAGGAAAGGAGCAUGUGAAAAUUGUGGAGCUAUGACUCAUAAAAAGAAAGAAUGUAUGGAGAGACCUCGAAAAGUUGGAGCUAAAUUUACCAAUGCUUCAAUAGCGCCUGAUGAAUUUGUUCAAAAAAACCUGUUAUUGAGUUAUGAUGGCAAACGAGAUAGAUGGAGUGGAUAUGAGCCUUCAGAACAUAAAGCUGUCAUAGAAGAAUUCCAAAAAAUUGAAGAAGCUAAACGACAACUAAAAGCUGAGAAGUUGAAUGCAGGGGAAGAUUCAGACGAAGAGAAAGAUGAAGAUAAAUAUGUUGAUGAAAUUGAUAUGCCUGGUACAAAAGUUGACAGUAAGCAGAGAAUUACAGUAAGAAAUUUAAGAAUUCGAGAAGAUACCGCAAAGUAUUUAAGGAAUUUAGAUCCGAACUCUGCGUUUUAUGAUCCUAAAACUAGGUCAAUGAGGGUUAAUCCAAACCCAGGAAAAGAUGAUGUGUACGCCGGCGAAAAUUUCGUUAGAUUUACAGGAGACACACAGAAACAUGCUAGUGCACAGUUAUUUGCCUGGGAAGCUUAUGAAAAAGGAGUGGAUGUUCAUCUUUUAGCUGAACCCACAAAAUUGGAAUUACUUCAAAAGGAAUAUGAUAAGAAAAAAGAUCAAUUCAAGAAUAAAGUACAUAAAAGUGUAUUAGAAAAAUAUGGAGGUGAAGAACAUUUACAAGUACCUCCUAAGUCUCUGCUAUUAGCUCAAACAGAAGAUUACAUUGAAUACUCGAGAUCUGGAAAAAUAAUAAAAGGUCAGGAGAAAGAAGAAAUUAAAUCCAAAUAUGAAGAAGAUGUAUACAUUAAUAACCAUACAUCUGUAUGGGGAUCAUACUGGCAAGGUGGUCAGUGGGGAUAUAAAUGCUGCAAAUCUUUUAUCAAGAACUCAUAUUGCCUUGGAGAAGCAAAUUUAACAACUUCUGCACCUAUUAUUGAAGAAGAACCUAUAGAAGCUACUAAUGUUGUCCACUCUAGUUCCUCUAGUGAAUCGUCCUCUGAAGAUAAAUCUAAAAAAAAGGAGAAGAAAAAAAAGAAGAUGCGAAAGGAGUUGAAGAAAAACAAAAAUCAAGAAAUGACAAAGGAAGAUAAACUUAAGAAUGCACUUAAAGCCGAAGAAGAACAUCAGGCUAAGAUGGCAAAGUUACUAUCAAUGAAUGAAAGAAAAAGACCAUACAAUAGUAUGUUCGAAGCUAAAGAACCUACGGAGGAAGAAAUGGAAGCUUAUCAUAUAAAGAGAAGGCGAGAAGAUGAUCCAAUGAAUGCAUUUCUGAAAUGAACAAAUUUCGCAAUAAGAAGAAACUGUCAAUUUGCAAAUUGUAUAAUAUGUAAAUAUGUAAAAUAAUAAAAUCUUGUAAUAAUAAACAAAA